AGCGCCGGUCUACCUGGCCGCCGUCCUCGAGUACAUGGCGGCCGAGGUGCUCGAGCUCGCGGGCAACGCCGCGCGCGACAACAAGAAGUCGCGCAUCAUCCCCCGGCACAUCACCCUCGCGGUGCGCAACGACGAGGAGCUCAACAAGUUCCUCGGCGGCGUGACCGUCGCGCAGGGCGGCGUCCUCCCCAACAUCCACUCGGUGCUCCUGCCGAAGAAGUCCAAGAAGGAGUGA